CACCCACUCCAAAAAACACACAUCACUACACUAAAAGAGCUACACAUAACACAAAGUUGGCAACAGAGAAGAUGAAGCCCCUUUACAUCACCACCACCACCACCUUGGCUUUUCUCCUCCUCCUCCUACUGUUGGCCUCAUCUUACCUCCAAACCUCCAUGGCUGGCUCAGCAUUUUGCGACGGCAAGUGCAAGGUGAGGUGCUCGAAGGCGAGCGUGCAGGAUCGGUGCCUGAGGUACUGCGGGCUGUGCUGCGCCGAGUGCAAUUGCGUGCCGUCGGGGACGUACGGCAACAAAGACGAGUGCCCCUGCUACCGCGACAAGUACACCGGCACCGGCCUCCGCCGCAGGUCCAAGUGCCCCUGAAUAAUCAGCAUCUUAGAACCAUUAUAUACAUAUAUAUGAAUGAAUUCGCGAUUUUAUCUAUGUACGCAGUAAAUAGUUGUAUUUAUAUAUCUUGUGAUCCAAAUAAACGUACGUACGCGCGCAUUUUGCAUGCAUGGUUUUUCAAUAAUGGUAUGUAUUAUAGGUUGAGAGAGGUGAGUGUUACUGGUUUUGCGUGUUUGUGGGAGCGAAAUAUGCGUGGGGAUGGUGUAUUGUAAUAUGUAAUUUAUUUAUGUUCGUUUCAUCUAUUAAUUAAGUAGCAUUUUGCACAAUUUAUCUGCUUCCUAUUGUAAUUCAAAAUGGUCUUAAUUUGAAUUUUCACAUGGUUAAAUUUGUAAGCUUCA